AUGGCUUCAGCUGGUCGCAACGCGGCCAAGGUCCUUGGAAUAAAUCUUGACUACCGGAAAGAGCCCGAGGUGUCUGGCGCCGCGUCAAUAUCUUCUGUGGAAACAUACGUCGAACGUGAACCUCCCGCGAUAGAAUGGCUCUCUCAGUUCAAGCCGUCAGCGACCGCCACAACGCGUUACCUGAGGAGUUUGUUUCCCUUCUUGGACUGGAUUUUCCACUAUAACUUGACAUGGCUAUUUGGAGACUUUAUUGCCGGUUGUACCGUUGGAUUUGUUGUUAUUCCUCAAGGCAUGGCAUACGCUCUGCUUGCGAAACUGCCUCCCGAGUAUGGCCUCUACACAAGUUUUGUUGGCUUCAUCCUCUAUUGGGCCUUCGCUACAUCCAAGGAUAUCACCAUUGGUACCGUCGCUGUCAUGAGCACCAUCGUCGGAAAUAUCGUUACCAAAAUCCAGGAAAAACAACCAGAGAUUGAAGCUGUGGACAUUGCUCGAGCUCUAUCCGUCAUCGCUGGUUCUGUUCUACUUUUCAUCGGUCUUACACGGCUUGGAAGGAUCGUCGAGCUCAUUCCUCUUGUUGCUAUCACCUCAUUCAUGACGGGCGCUGCUAUCUCGAUCGGAGCCGGCCAGGUCCCAGCACUAAUGGGUAUAUCUGGCGUCAACACACGCGGUCCUACAUAUCUGGUCGUCAUCGACACUCUUAAAGGCCUUCCACGCACGAAGCUCGAUGCUGCUAUGGGUCUGACUGCUCUGUUCAUGCUAUACGCCAUCCGUAUAUUCUGCAACUUCAUGUCGAGGAAGCAGCCUUCAAAGCAAAAGGUCUGGUUUUUCGUAAGCACACUGCGAAUGGCUUUCGUCAUUCUGCUAUACAUUAUGAUCAGCUGGCUUGCCAACAAAGACAUCAAAGGCCUUCAUAAUGCUAAGAACGAUGUCAAGAUGGCGAAGUUCAAGAUCCUCGGUCGUGUACCAAGGGGCUUUCAGCAUGCUGGUGCUCCGAACAUGGACACGAAGCUCCUCUCGGCAAUUGCACCCGAUAUCCCGGUCACGAUUAUCGUAUUGAUUCUCGAACAUAUCGCAAUCUCGAAGUCUUUCGGACGAAUCAACAACUACGUCAUCAACCCCUCGCAAGAACUGGUUGCUGUGGGCUUCACGAAUGUGAUCGGUCCAUUCCUUGGCGCCUACCCUGCUACCGGGUCAUUCUCGCGUACUGCUAUCAAGUCGAAAGCAGGUGUCCGUACCCCACUUGCUGGUAUCUUCACAGCGAUCAUUGUCCUCCUGGCUUUAUACGCUCUAACCGCAGUCUUCUUUUACAUUCCUUCAGCCGCUCUCGCUGCUGUCAUCAUCCACGCUGUCGGAGAUCUCAUUACUCCACCCAACGUUGUUUUCCAAUUUUGGGAAACGUCGCCUUUGGAGGUUGUCAUCUUCUUCGCGGGUGUCUUCGUAACAGUUUUCACGAAUAUCGAAAAUGGUAUAUAUGUUACCAUUGCAGCUUCAUUCGCACUUUUGCUUUGGCGCCAGCUGUUCACCCACGGUGCCAUUCUUGGCAAAGUCCGCAUCUAUCGCGCCACCCCGGAGACGAUGGCCAACAAGCAAGACAGCCAUUUAAUUCCAGGCUCUGAUGCUUCUGUCCGAGAAGCCUUUAUUCCAAUUGACCGCAAGGAUGGCUCAAACCCGCUUGUUGAUAUUGAGUCUCCUUAUCCCGGUAUACUGAUCUACCGCUUCACUGAGGGCUUCACAUAUCUCAACCAACAAGGUUACAUGGACGAAAUUGUGCAUCAUGCGCAGACAAUCUCUCGUCCAACAGAGCUUAACAAAUACACAAAGAUCGGUGAUCGACCAUGGAACGACCCAGGUCCGCGUCGCGGAAAGCAGCUGAAUCUCGAUGAUAACCGACCUAUCCUCCGUGCGAUCAUUCUGGACUUUAGCGCCGUCAACAAUGUCGAUGUUACGUCGAUUCAAGGUCUCAUUGACGUGCGCGCACAACUAGAUCGUCAUGCAGCACCUGAAACUGUAGAAUGGCACUUCGCGUCGAUCAACAGCCGCUGGACUAAGCGCGCUUUGACAACUGCUGGCUUUGGUUACAUCGACCGCGAAAGGUUCGCAGCACGUCAGCAUUGGAACCCAGUAUUCAGCUAUGCACCUCUCGAUAAUUCGGGCGCGAAGCUACACGACGAAGAGGCGCAGGAUGAAAUCCAUGCCGUCAACAGGAGCAAAGGACUACCGAGUGGCAAGGUCACCACUGUGCAUGGACAGAACAGACCGUUUUUCCAUAUUGAUGUAGCGGCCGCCGUUGAGAGUGCUAUUGCCGGCGUUAAUGGGAAGCUGGCACAGGUCAGCUCAGGAAGCUCACACGAGCAUGAGGUCGGGCAGACGGAGUUCACGACCAAACAUGAUUAG